AUGAACCAUACCACUGACUAUCAGUUCCGGGAAGCAUCGUUACCAAACACUUCGCACUUCUUUGGGAAAGUAUCGAUACCGCCAGUAACGAUAGCCAAAAUGCUACGUUCGAUUUCCAACUCCAUCUAUUGGCACCAUUUGGCGAGGCAAUAUUCGGGAAGCUCCAUUACACCAAGGGCGCUUAUUUUGACAGAAAUAGAUGGCAAAACAGGGUACGCAAAGAUAACAUUAAAUAGAGCUCCUGUAAAUGCGCUCAAUUUAGAGAUGAUUUCGGCAAUUACCAGCACUGUAAAUGCGCUCGAACGUGACAAAGUUAAUGGCAUGGUCUUGACGUCGUUUUCCGACAAGGUGUUUUCUGCUGGAUUAGAUAUAAAGGAAAUGAUUAACCCUGACAUUGAUCGAUUGCGAACCUUUUGGUCUGCGCUACAGGAGCUGUGGCUGAAAUUGUAUGGAUGCGCUAUUCCAACUGUAGCCGCCAUAAAUGGUCAUGCACCAGCCGGCGGAUGUUUCCUUGCGAUAGCAUGUGAUUAUCGUGUAAUGUGUAACAAUUUCACUAUUGGAUUAAACGAAACAGUACUGGGCAUUAUUGUUCCUCGGUGGCUGCAGGUCACUAUGCGAAACACCAUUGGGUUUCGACAAACCGAGCUGGCCUGUACUACGGGAAAGUUGUUCAACUCUACAGAAGCUUUUGAUAUCGGAUUGGUGGACGAGCUUGUUGAUAACAAUAUGGAAGCAAUCCGUAAAGCUGUUCUGUACUUGGACAAAUGCAAAACCAGCUUUGCAACAGCACGGCAGAUUACCAAGCACCAACUCAGACAGGAUGAAUUUAAUGAUUUCAAACGCUACAGAGAGAAGGAUUUGGAAGCAUUUGUUGCGAAUACAAUGAGAGAAGAGUUUCAAAUUGAACUUGAAGAAUACUUGAAAGCUUUAAAAGUCAAGCCUUGA